AUGGCUCGACCGUCUCGCGGACCCCAGCAAAAAGCUUGCAAUGGAUGCGCCAAAUCAAAGCGGAGAUGCGACCAAAAACGUCCUCAGUGUCAGAGAUGCUUAGAUAAGGACGCGACUUGCACAUAUCCGCAGCCAGAAAGACGAAGAGGAAAUGUAUCUCCUCCUCCUCUCGGUCAUAUCGAAGAACUUCCGGCUAUCCAGAAUUAUGCCGAGACGAAUGCUCUGGAAAGGAGUUUCACUGUGGAGGACUGGGACACAUUGGGAGCCGCAGAUCUUGACCUUGAUCUAUCAGACUUGAUUAUUCCUUACACACCAGCCGUUCCGGCACAAGAAGUGGGAAUUGACAACGACAGCGUCUCAAACACAACAGGACCCUGGUUUCUUCAAGAGGAGACCUGGACCAUGCGACAUUGUAACUCAGAACCGGACUGUGUUUUGGUCAAAAUGGAGCGUUUCAUUGAAGCCGUAGAUGAGAUGCUCCGAUUCUGGAUUAAUAACGAUUACAACAGCUUUAUCCAUCAACGAUUGUACGAGAAUGGGAUGCCCAGUUGUGUCCAGGAUGCAUUUACCACACUAGCGACGUAUAUCGGUCGAGCUCCAGCGGUGAAAGAGACUAUAUUACAGAUUGUCGAGGAUCGCUUAUUUGACCUCACUCGCAAAAGCACGACUCCGGUGACCUGCGAUGCGCAAGGAAUCUUGGCUCAUCUCGCGCGUGUACAAGCCUUAUUUGUGUAUGAAUUUAUAGGCCUGUUCGAUGGCUCCGUACGUUUGCGUACAUCAGCAGAAAAACAUCUUCCCACCCUUCGGCAAUGGGUGCUUCAAAUGUGGGAAGUCGUCAGACUGUAUCGAGGGGAGGACUUCUCUCUUGGCCUCCGUCCACUUCAAUGGACUGCAACCGACUUUGACAGAGAAUAUAAUGACUCUUCCGAAUUGUGGCAAUUAUGGAUCCUGACCGAGAGCGUUCGACGUACCCACAUCAUCAUCGAUAGUGUCGCCAACGCAUACGAGACUAUGACCAGAGGACUAGUUGAUUGUGCUGGAGCGGUGAUGUUUACUGCACGCAAUGGAUUGUGGGAAGCUGAUUCAGCAGUGAAAUGGUUCAAGUUAUGUUGCGAGAAACCUCCGCUUUUGGUGCCUUCUCUACAGCCUGGACCGUUGAUAUCACAGUACCCGGCGGAGGAACUGGACGACUUUGCAAAGUUUUAUUGGACGUAUCUAGUCGGAACAGACAAGAUCCAAUCCUGGAUUGACAAAAGUUACAAUACAAACUGA